AUGGCUGGCGCACGUUGGGUCAUACGAUUGCAAUUGAUUUUAAUUGCAUUUUUGGCUCUUGCUGUCGUCGAUUUCUACUUGGGUGCUGUGUUUCGUAUCGAUACAGAGCAUGGCGUCGGACACUUUUCUGCUUUUCGAUUCGACCUAAAUUCAGUUCCCAUGUAUGCCGGCUUCAACUGUUCAGUUCUCGGUUAUGAUGUCCAACAGAGCCCUCAAAAUUUUUUCACCGUAUUUGGUGUAUUCUUUGCAAACUUCCUUGGCGUCUUGGCAGGUUCUUCGAUGAUAACUUUGACGUUUAUACUUGUACUUGGGUCGCUGGUCGAUCGGGCUUACCUGAUCUGCGAUACAAUGAUUGCGGAAAAAGUCGCACUAACCGGUUUCCUCUUUCUCACUGGUCUGUACGUUUCAUCGCUCAGCUCGACGAUUGGUACGCUGCUCGGCACGCCACGUGUAAUUCAGAGUAUUGCUUCCGAGGGUAUCAUACCAGUCCUGAAUCCACUGGCAGUUGGGCAAGGCGCCAAUAGAACUCCAGUACGAGCGGGCCUUGUAAUGACUCUGAUUGCGAUCAUUUCUGUGAUUAUCGGUAAUUUGAACAAGCUGGCAGUCCUCUCCACAAUGCCAUUUCUGAUCACCUAUGCUUUCGUCAACUACUCCUAUGUUUCACUGGCAAUGAGUUACGAUCUUCAAACGGUCAGCAAAAUGAGGUGA